AUGGGCGGCGGCGGCGCAGCCGCACUCCUCUUCAAGGGCCUGCCUGCCGCGGCGGCUCUGCCUCCGCCGCCCUCUCCGCCUCUUCUACCCGACAUGGUGCAGCUGGGCUGCGAUUUCGAGGUCGACACUUGCGUCUGGACCGAUCCCACGCCGGACGGGUACUCUUGGACCCGCACGAGAGGCAGCACUCCAACGGCAUACACAGGCCCGAGCGGCGACCACACCACCGGCUCGGGCUACUACGUAUACACCGAGGCGGAACCGUGGACCUUCUACCGGCUCAAGAGCCCACCCUUCUCGCUCCAGCAGGACGCCACCCUCUCCUUCUUCUACCACAUGUACGAAGGAGGCAGCGCCAACAGCAUGGGCACCCUCUCCGUCGAGGCGCACGAGGACGGCAGCGGAUG